GCUUUCCCUGUACUUGAAAUGGCUGAGAAGUAACCUCUUUUGCAGUGCAACAAACUCAUAUUUUCUCUAAGUUUCGCCUCACCGCCAUUGAACAAACUAAUCAAAGCUUUCUUUCCUUAAGCUCUUCAGUCUCUGAAUUGGGUUUAACUAACCAAGUAGGUACAUUUUAUUUUCCAGAAAAUUGAGCUGGGUACUUCUUUCCAAAUUUUUACUUUGGGUGCUUCUUAUAUUACCUUUCAUACAUGGAGUCAAAAGCAGGGACGGCGGAGACCAGAUCUAAAUUAACGGCGCCCGAUGGGGCCGAAGUUACGGCGUUCGAAUCGCUCCAAUUCACCGACGAAACCCACCGUUUGAUUUCGGCUCCGCCAACUGAUAACGCCAGUUCCUUCACGGCUCUGCUUGAACUACCGUCUCCACAAGUCGUUGAGCUUCUUCACGCUUCCGACUCGCCGAAGCUUAUCGCUGCCUCGCCUACGAACGUUGAAGAUUUCAAAAGAAACUUCCAUUUUCCUUCUAAUACUGGUUUGAUUGAACGAGAUAGGAGGUUUUCUGGAGAAACUAACAACAACAAUGAGAAGAGGAACUCCCCUGAGUCGAAAAAUUUAAGCGCGAAUCUUGAGAAGGCGGUAAAGAGUGAGCCGGCGGAGACCGAGUCAUCCCAGCCGUUGGUUUCCGAUCCAACGUUAGAGACGCGGAGUAUCAAGAGAAAGGACCGAGAAAAUAAGGUUAAAGGGUCAACAAAGAAAAGCAAAACUGCGGUGAAUGAGAGCUCAGACGACGCCCAGAAGCUGCCUUACGUUCACGUUAGAGCACGCCGGGGACAAGGAACGGAUAGCCAUAGCUUAGCAGAGAGGGCAAGAAGAGAGAAAAUUAAUGCACGAAUGAAGCUACUACAGGAGCUGGUACCUGGAUGUAAUAAGAUUUCUGGUACAGCCUUGGUGUUGGAUGAAAUCAUCAAUCAUGUGCAAUCUCUACAACGGCAAGUGGAGUUUUUAUCAAUGAGACUUGCAGCAGUGAACCCAGGAAUUGAUGUCAACCUUGAUAGUAUAUUAACAUCAGAAAGUGGAUCUCCAAUGGACAGCAACUUCCCCAGCUUGGUUAUGCCCGUGAUGUGGCCUGAGGUUCAAGGCAAUGGACACAGACAACAGUAUCAACACGAAUGGCAUUUUGAUGCACUUCAGCAGCCUGUUUGGGGAAGAGAAGAAGUCUGCAAUAAUUACAUUACUCCAGAGAACUCACUUUUAACUUAUGACACCUCGGCAAAUUCAGUGACAUUGCAUGCAAAUCAACUGAAGAUGGAGCUAUGAAUUGUGAAGAAGUUUCAACGGUUAGAUUUAUGGAAAAUUGUUUAAUGGUAGCUAGUAUUGUAUAUACAUUGAAUAUUAGAAACUACGAGGAAGUAGAGGAGAGGCCUCACCAUUUAUAGCUAGGUUUCUGGGUCUUGUAUUUAGCGGAGUCAAAUGGAAACCUUUGAUUUCUCAUGACUGGAUUGAAUAUAUCUUGUACCAUAUAAAUAUUAUUACUAACUCAGGGUCAUUCAAUCUAAUACUUGGGGUUGAUUGAUUCAUGUUGUAAAAUCAUGAACGAACUAUGAUCAAUUACGUUUUUGUUUUC